CUGCUUUAGUAUUGUGCUUCUUAUGUAGGCCAUAUUGAACGCAAGUUUAUUGAAGUUCCACUUGGUGCUACUUGGGUCGAGGCAACUAUGAAAACAUCAGGCUUUGAAACGGCUCGAAGAUUUUUCAUCGAUGCUGUUCAGAUUUCCCCCCUCCAAAGGCCCAAGAAAUGGGAUAGUGUUGCUACAUUUUCUUUUCCUUCUUCCAAAACCUUUGCCUUUCCUGCGGAGGGUGGCCUUACAAUGGAACUAGCAAUAGCUCAAUUUUGGUCCAGUGGUGUUGGAAUUCAUGAAACCACUGUUGUAGAUCUAGAAAUUGCUUUCCAUGGCAUCAGAAUCAACAACAAAGAAAUUGUACUUCGUGGGGGUGAAGCACCUGCCCGAAUUGAUGCUGAAGCUCUUCUAUCUGUGGAGAAACUUGGCCCUACAGCAGUACUAAAUAAGGUAAGAGUUCCAUAUCGUCCUAUUGAUGCUAAACUGAGCACGCUAGCAGCAGAGCGUGACAAACUGCCAUCAGGCAAACAGACACUGGCACUAAUAUUGACUUACAAAUUCAAAUUGGAAGAUGCGGCUGAGAUAAAGCCUCAGAUUCCCCUACUUAACAAUCGCAUAUAUGAUAACAAGUUUGAGUCUCAAUUUUAUAUGAUAUCGGAUCCAAACAAGUGUGUAUAUGCCAUGGGUGAUGUUUAUCCAGACUGUGCAAAACUUCCCAAGGGUGAAUACAAUUUGCAGCUUUAUCUAAGGCAUGACAAUAUGCAGUAUUUGGAGAAAAUGAAGCACUUGGUGUUAUUCAUUGAAAGAACCUUGGAAGAGAAGGAAUUUAUUCGAUUGAGAUUUUAUGAUCAACCUGAUGGCCCUGUGAUGGGUAAUGGAAGCUUUAAAUCUUCAACAUUAGUUCCUGGUGUGAAAGAAGCAUUUUAUGUGGGCCCUCCAACAAAGGACAAGAUCCCCAAGCACGCUCCAGGGGGAUCUGAACUGGUUGGGGCAAUUUCAUUUGGAAAGCUCUCUUCUGCAAUGAACGACGUGGGUAAAAAUCCCGAAAAGAAUCCUGUAUCUUAUGAGAUAUCAUAUAUAGUGCCACCAAUUCAGAUUGAUGAUGACAAGGGUAAAGGUUUUUCUUCAAGUUGCACUAAGAGUGUGGAGGAAAAGUUGGAAGAAGAGCUCCGCGAUACCAAAAUUAAGGUUCUAGCCAGUCUAAAACAAGGCACUGAUGAGGAACUUGCUGCAUGGAAGAAGUUAUCCAUCACGCUUAAGUCGGAGUACCCCAAAUACACGCCAUUGCUUUCUAAAAUAUUGGAAGGGUUGCUCUCCCAGAAGAAUGGUGAAGACAAGAUUCAUCAUUAUGAAGAGAUUAUCACUGCUGCAGAUGAGGUAAUUGAUAGUGUUGAUACAGAUGAAUUGGCCAAAUAUCUUUCUCAGAAAACCGAGCCAGAAGAUGAGGGUGCAGAAAAACUGAAAAAGAAAAUGGAGACAACUCGCGAUCAGUUGGCAGAAGCCUUGUACCAGAAAGGAAUAGCAUUAGCAGAGAUC